AUGAAGUGUUUCCUGCCACCACACCGACCGCUCACCUUCCAGACGUACGAGGAGUAUGAGUUACAUUACACCCAGGCACACAGGCAUCGGUGUGCGGAGUGCAUGAAGAACCUUCCUAGCGAUAGGUAUUUGGAGUUACAUAUUGCGGAGAAUCAUAACCCGAUUAAUCAGGCGCGGAAGGAGAGAGGGGAGUCAAUUUAUCAAUGUUUCGUAGAGGGAUGCGACAAGGUCGUUGAGACAUGGUGGAAGAGAAGGUUGCAUUGCAUUGAUAAGCAUCAAUACCCAAGGAACUAUGACUUCUUCAUCGUCAACGAUGGUAUUGAUCGACGACAUUCUAUGCUCCAGCCGGAAUGGGUAACGCGACGCAAGUUGGGCGAACAGCAAGCUAAAACCUCACCCUCGGGUUCCCAACGAGUCGUCGCAGCCAAGAACGAAGGCAAACGCGCAAUUCUCCCUGGUCAAUCUGUUUCAAACGCGAAAUCUCCACGGAAAUCUCAGGGCGAUAACCAGAAGGGCGCGGUGGACAACGAUGAGUCCGACACCGACGUGGUCGAGGCUGACGGGGAUGAAAUGAACGAGGACUACGAUUUUGAUCAAGGCAAUAAUAAUGACGUGAAAGACGAUGCCAUGACCGAUCUCACGACGUCCAUGUCUUCCUUGAAAUUUGUUCCACGAAAUAUACGAUUCGGACGAGGCCGAGGACGAGGCGGGUUUGCAAACCGAUGA